UAAGGUGCAGUCAGCGGCGGCGCUGGGUGUUGGUGGCUUGGCGCAGGCUCAGUGUGUUUUGACGUCAGUGUGGAGCGGAGCAGAGGCUGGUGCUCUCUCUCUCUCUCUCUCUCCAUUGUCAGCAGUCGAACGAUGCGAUCAGGCUGAACCGCCGCCGCCGCCCAGCAUAUCUCACCCCCACACUAAUCCACUGACAGCCUCGGCCGGCCCCAGUCCCCAUUCUUUCUCUCUCUCUCUCUCUCUUUCUCUCUCUCUCAUCCCCUCCCCAUCCGAAGGCUCAUCCGCUGUCUUGAUUGUGCAGAGCUGCGGCGAGAGAGUGAGAGGAAAAAAAAAAAUAACGCCAGCUUUUUUCCAGGAUAUUCGUGCUUCUGUACAACGGUAAAGGGACGGAGUGAGUCCGGCUGCUUUUUUCCCUCCCCCCCACCUUCCGCCUUUGGAUGUGCGAUUAGAACCCCGGCGUCUCGCAGCGAGAGGGUUCAGUCGGAGCGAGCGAGUGUGAGUGAGUGAGGAGAGAGGCCAGAGCGAAUUUCCACACACUAACCAUGGGAUGUACAAUGAGCGCCGAGGAAAGGGCAGCCAUGGAGCGGAACAAAGCCAUCGAGAAAGGCAUCAAAGAGGAUGGUAUCACCGCCGCCAAGGAUGUGAAGCUGCUGCUUCUCGGGGCGGGCGAAUCGGGGAAAAGCACCAUCGUUAAGCAAAUGAAGAUUAUCCAUGAGGAUGGAUUCUCUGGUGAUGAUGUGAAGCAGUACAGACCUGUGGUGUACAGCAACACCAUUCAGUCACUGGCGGCCAUCGUUCGUGCCAUGGAUACCCUGGGCAUCGAGUAUGGUGACAAGGACAGGAAGGCUGAUGCCAAGAUGGUGUGCGAUGUCGUGGUCCGAAUGGAGGACACGGAACCAUUCUCCCCGGAGCUGCUGGGCGGCAUGCAGCGACUCUGGUCUGAUUCCGGGAUGGUGGAAUGCUUCAGCCGCGCCCGUGAAUACCAGCUGAAUGACUCUGCGCAAUACUACCUAGAAUGCUUAGAUCGGAUCGGUGGGAGCGAUUACCAACCAACAGAGCAGGACAUCCUCCGGACCAGAGUGAAGACCACUGGCAUCGUAGAAACCCACUUUACAUUCAAAAAUCUCCACUUCAGGCUGUUUGAUGUGGGAGGUCAAAGAUCAGAGAGAAAGAAGUGGAUCCAUUGCUUUGAAGAUGUGACCGCGAUUAUUUUCUGCGUGGCACUGAGUGGCUACGACCAAGUGCUCCAUGAGGAUGAGACCACGAACCGCAUGCACGAGUCUCUUAUGCUGUUUGAUUCCAUCUGUAAUAAUAAGUUCUUCAUCGACACCUCCAUUAUUCUUUUCCUCAACAAGAAAGAUUUGUUUGGUGAGAAGAUCAAGAAGUCACCUCUCACAAUCUGUUUCCCUGAGUACACAGGCGCCAACACUUAUGAGGAUGGUGCAGCCUACAUUCAAGCACAAUUUGAGAGCAAGAACCGCUCUCCCAAUAAGGAGAUCUACUGCCACUUGACCUGCGCUACAGACACAGGCAACAUCCAGGUGGUCUUCGAUGCCGUCACUGACAUCAUCAUUGCCAAUAAUCUCCGAGGCUGCGGCUUAUACUGACUUUACUGUCUAGAGGCAAAUUUGGUGAUGAUUAUUGAAUGCAAGUUGGUAAAUAAAGGCAUAACGUAUAUAAUUCUUUUUAGUUGUUAUCAUAAGCUGCCAACAGAACUAGACUCCUGAAACCCGCAGCCUUAUCACAAACUUGUAUACGAUUAACACCUUACUUCACUUUAAGAGAAAUUUUACAAGAAUCUUUGAAAAAAAUCCCCAAAUUUCCCGCCACCACCUUCCACCAACACUGGAAGGUGAGCCCUUUUAUUGCUAUUGUGUCUGCCUGUUUUUAACACUUGACUGUGCUCUGGAACCCGUCUGCCACUUCACCUUCCAAGCACAAGGCCGAGUUUCCAGUGUUUAGUUCCGUGGCAGCUCUUUGACUAAUAUGUUAGGAAACCUGAGGACGCACAGGACAGCACCAUAUCAGCUGCAUUGAGCCUCCCUCUUCACAUGGUGGAAUGGAACGGCCCUGAGUUAAGCACAGCAACAGCCUUGGAUCUUUCCACUCCGACCGAGGGAGGAGAGGGGUUUCCGUUUACUAAAAAAGCUUGAAGGUCUACUCUUGCCAGAGAAGUUUUAUUUUGUUUUCUUUCUUUGACUAUCCUUACCAGUGCCAACUUGCCCCUCCAGCCCUUUCCUUACCCUUCCCUGUGGUGAGCUUGUGAAAAUGGCUUAGCCAAGUUGGUGACCUGAUAAAUGUUUCUCCUGCUCCCUCCCCUCAAGAGUGUGCAUGAAGAAUCUAUUGCGUGUUUUGUGUGACGGGAAGGUUCCCCCCAGAUUCCCUUUCUGCAGACUGUAUAAUGGACUAUCCUGGUGCCCUUAUGUACAGAUAGCAUGAUCUUUGGCCUUUGUGAGACACAGCCUUCCUACACGGUCAAUUCAACCUUCUGGAAACUGAUGGUGGUUGUGUGUUUCAGUAGAAUGCUGUAUAUCUGGUUUUAGCCCAGUCUUUAAAAGUAGAAGCUAAAAUAAUAAAUUAUUUAAAAAAAUCAAUUUCCUGUGCUUUGUAGCUUCAAAAGGUAAUUUCCCCCCAAUUUUUUUAAAAAUUCAAGACAUUUUGCUGAGAGGUUGUGUACAACACUUUGAUUAGUUGACCCAAAUUAAUGUUUUGGAUUAUACUGUUUCAGCACUGCUUUGAUUACUCUUUAGCCACAUUCUGCAUUUGCAACAUCUUUACUAGGCCCGGAGUCCUUCAGCACACACUAUGGACCCUGACUGUCUCUCAAGACAGCGCAACUGUACAGUAACAAGGAAACUCUGCUUAGAUUUCUUAGUUCUAAUUGUAUUGGGAUUAAAAAUAUAAUUAAAUUUGUUCACCCUCCAGGUUUGUAUAGAAAAGCACAGCUCUCACUGGCCAAGUAGGUGCAGUAAAGAUGUCCCCUUUUACAAUAUUUGCUAUGAUAAUGUGUAAUAUAUAAGUUAGGCUUUCUUUCUUUCUCAGUGAACUUCUGUGCUGCUAAUUCUUCUUUUUAGUGAAUGGUGUUUUCUCCUGUGGGAUGUUAGUGACGCAAACACCUCGAAUGUAGUGUUUACAUUAAAGCCACAGUUUUCAUGACCAAUAUUGUUUGUCAUUUCCUAGUUUGAUUGAAACAAGGUUGCACCCCACCGUCUCACUCUGAAUAACUCGUGACCCUUAAACACUGACAGUGAACCAGCUUGUAGGAAAAUGGUGGCUGUCCGUGGUGGAGGCGUUUCUACUUUAUUUAUUGAUUUGUUUCUUCGAUCUGGUGUCUGUUCAACGUGGCCAGUCUCUUUUACAGAUGAUGGAAUAUUCGUGUGUAGCUCUUAAAUAAAGAGGACAUUUGUCAGUAACACCAAGUCUCCUAACCUCUGGUUUUCAGAAUUACAAUGUUCCUUCUGUUUAUGUUUUUCUUUAUGUGCUUGGUACAUUUGUGCAGUCUUUGUUUUUUUUAAUUCUCUGUUGAAAUGUGUGGGAGCUGCCUGUUACGCAGCAUUACCUUGCCCAUUGAGUGGUGCUGCUCAUAUUUCAGUCCCCACGUGGGAUGUUUGGUUGUGAUCAGUGACAAUAAGCAGUGCAGAGGAACCACAGUCGGUUUCAUUUGAACUUAAAGCACACCAAAAAGUCUUGCGUGAUGCCUCAUCUACUAAAUUCUUUAAAAAAUAUGUAGCAAGCUUCUUUCUGUGCCUGACAGAUUAAAAGAGUCACAGAAAAAGUCUGUUAUCUUUGAAUUUCUGUCAGACUCUUGGUGAAGAAUUAGGUUUUAAUUCUCUCUGGUUUUAUCCAAUUUAACAUUUAGCCUCAUUCCUAUGUUAAAACACAUCCUCAUUUAAGCACUUGGUGAGCAGACCAUUUAUAAUAAGGGCCACUUUGGAAUCCAGCAAUUCUUGCAUGUAGAUGCCAGUUUUCUGGGUUCAAGGUCAAUGUAGCAAUGAGACCUUUGCUAAUUUUAAGGAUGAGUUUCACUGAUAUUGGGAGCAUCUUUAAUUUGGUGAAAUGUUUUAAGCAUCACAUACAUGUCAUGUUUGUUCAUUUGUAGCCGAAAGAAUUAUUAAACUCAAAUGAAAUUAA